AUGUCGUCAACUCAGCAGGGUGUGUACCCCGGGCGCCGGUUAGCCCAGAUCGUGCGGCUCAAACCCGAGUAUGUAGCUGAGUACAAGGAGUGCCACAGCAAGGUCUGGCCUGAGGUAUUGAAGCAGAUCAAGGACUGCAAUAUUGAGGACUACAGCAUCUUCUGGGACGACAACACGGGCAUCCUCUUCGCGACACUCCGAUAUGUGGGAAACGACUACGAGGGCGACAUGGCGCGCAUGGCAGCCAAUCCCAAGGUGCGAGAAUGGUGGAAGAUGACGGACGGAUACCAGACCUCGCUGGUCCCUGGGGCCAAGAGCUCGGACUCUGAACCGGGAUGGUGGAAACCGCUCGAGGAGGUGUUUUACCAGCCUUGA